AUGGAGCACGGCAAAAGAGAAGCGAAGGAUCUUGAAGGAGGAGGCGUCCAGGCUUCCCCUGACAAGAUCGUCCCGGCGGGUGAUUUGAAUGAUGUACGGGGUCGAUCGGCCUACCUUGUGGCAUGCCACUGGGACUGGUCUAGGGCUUUCAAGCCGUUCUCAGUGUACAAGAUGGACGUAUGCCCCUCCGAUGCGGCGCCGGCGAGCGGGAGGAUCCGGCGCUCUAGACUUCGCCGCGCCGCGUCCCUGGAGAUGGCAGCGGGGGGCAAGACCUUCGCGGUCGUGCGGUCGAGGCGCCGCGCGUGGAUCGUCGGCGCCGGGGGCACUGCCGGCGACACCGUCUUCUUCGACACGGAGACGCGAAAGGUGAUCGCUGGGCCGGCUCUCACCUCAGCGAAGUGGAACCCUAUCCUAACGGCCGUGGGGGACCGGGUCUAUGCCAUGUCUAGCACUCCCUCAUGGGUCCUUGAUCCCAACUUCCCGCCCUGGUUCGAGGUGCUUGAUCUUUCCGAAGCCAGAGUCGUCACCGUCGACGACCGCUCCCAUCUCGAGGGGUGCUCUUGGAGCGCCCUGCCGAUUCCACCUUGCAUGCCUUGGAUGCUCUCCCCGUUUGAAUACCACUACAAGCUGCCGAUGGCGGUCCUCAUGUCCUACGCGGUGGUCGGACCCUACAUCCUGGUGUCGUUCAAUCAAACCUGGGGCACGCAUGCACUCGACACCAACUCGCUCCAGUGGCACAAGGUCGACGACGAGAGGUUGCCUUUCUUUGGCUGUGCCGACCCGCAAGGGGGAUCAUCCAUCUUCCUUGCCUUGUCCAAGAGAAACGGGCCUCUCAAUGCUUACCGCAUCCGUGUCGCAGAUUCUGGCAAGGACGACCAUGCCCUUAAGCUAUCCAUCACCGUGCUCCCGGUGAGAUGCAUGGAACAACAUGAAGUGGACGAGGAGCCCUGCUUCGCUUCGUUGGAUAAUGGGCGCUUCUGCUCGUUGAGUUUGUCGGUUGACAGCAGCAGCAUGACUCUUCACCCCGAGUACCUCGAAUUGUUUCCAAGGAAGGCUCGUGUGAAUUUGAGAAUCUAUCAAAUAGAGAACCCGGAGUCACUCCUGGAUGCUCCAGAGGAAACGCUGCUUGCUAGGAAGCCAAAGAUCAGAAUCUCCAGCCAAUGGGAGCGGGCGUUCAAGAUUUCCAAUUCAUCCCAAGGAUUCUGCCCCUUUUCAUUCACUCUUCUAUUUGUAUAAGAUAGUAUUUUACAGUGGAGAUU